UAACAUUUGCUAUUUUACCAGUUUGUUUGCGGUUUAAAUUAUGAAUGGUAACGUAUCGCGAAUAAAUCGUUGCUAUUUUCAGCCUGAAGAAAGAAAACAAGUCGACGUGAAUGCGAAAGUAACGUAGCUCGUAAAUCAUUGCGGGCAAAUGGUAGCGAUAAGAUUCUUCAGGCGCAUCAUUUAUACGCGAGAGGGAGAAAAAGAAAAGUGGAAAGCUCAUUAUGCUUCCGGAUUAAGGUUGCUACGAGAGUACUGUGUACAGCGCAAAUGAAGAGAGACUUAAACAAAAUGUAGAAUCCUGUUUCUUUGUAGUCAACAAAUUUAAUUACUUUUGAAGAAAAGCAUAGAAAAUAUUAAGAGAGAGUCGUCUUGAUAGUUGGCACAAAUUUAAUUAAAUUUUCUAGUAAUAACAAAUGUACUUAACUGUUCGUUAUCUAAAAUUUAAUUAAAAAGAUUGUUUGGAAAGUUUUCGAUGUGAUUCUUAUAACUGGCAUUCGGCGCAACCCUUUUAAUGUCAAGUUUUUCAAUUUCUAUUCGUAAAAGCAAAAUUCAUUUAUUGACUAGAAUUGUUCAAUUAUUCAAAUCAUUUAACAUUUGUGGGAAUAGCAUUGUGGCUUUAGCGCUUACUGGAAACUUUUUCCGGAAAACUAAGGAAUGUGAAUUUUUUCCAUUCGACCCCAAGAUAAUGUUCUUGCGUUUGAUUACAGAUCGAGAGAGAGAGAGAGAGGAUCGGAAUAAAUACGUGCCCUUAUUUUUCCACGACUGACAUGAAACGCUCGGCGCGGACUCCUGUAAUUUGCCGGAAGCGCCGGCUGCACUUGUCCACCUCGUGUUAUGUAUCCGCGCAAUGCCAAUUUGCGCAAGCGUGUUGCAGCGGCUUGUGAUAGCGACGACGACGCUAACAAAAAUGAAGGCUGCAUUCAUUCAAGAAGAGACGAACCGUAUUUGUUAAAUGGCCGUGUUGAAUUUCAUUCAAGGGCUGGCAGAGAAGUGUAAACGGGACCUAUGCCCUUUCGUCAAAGACAAAUACCACUCAGAUCCUCAUGUUACAACUACUAAACCGAUGAUAGCAGCCGCAAACUUCGCACUUUGGAUAACAUCGGCUGACAGGUUUUCGACAGCAGAAUAACAACAUAAUCCCCACGCAAACGAUCCUUACGAGGCCAUGUAGAGAAACGGGAUCCAUCGGGAAGACGCAGUUGGGUCAUCGCGUGGGCAGACGUCUCUCUUAUAUCACGAUGGGACCAUGUUUGCGCACCCAUACGGAUGUACGCGUACAUAUAUAUCUCGAUGUCGUGUGCGAGGAAACGCAGCGCGCGCGCAGCCAACAGCGUCGUCGUAGGGUGCUCACCACCGCGAGUCGGGAGAUGGGGAAUGCUCGUUCACCAAGGUGGGGGUUGGUUGAUCGACCGUACCCGCUUUUCUACUCGUCCUGCCGAGCCCCGACAUUCAUUCCACCCCGAGCCGGCGGAUCCACUAGGACGUGCCCGUUCUCCAGCUCGGUGCCAGCCGAAGGAUCAGCGAAGGACCAUUCAAGACGAAGGAGAAAAGCGUGAAGGGUAACCCAGCGUUCGCCACAUCUCGCAAGAUGACGUACAACUGGGCGUGGUUGCUGCUGCUGUUCUCGCUAGUCUCGAUAGGCAUGUGCUUGCCCACGAGCUUGAUCGAGGACGUGAAAAAAGCGGAUCAGGCCAUGAAACCAAAAUCGAAACGAGCGCAGGAAAUGCUAAUGUUUGGCAAUCAGCAGAAUCGACAGGCCAACCCUGCCACCGGUGAAUCUUUCACGUCGAAUGCAGAGAAACGAACUCUUGCUUCCUCGGGAUUGGGAGGCUUAAAAGCGGCUAUUGCCGAGGACGAAAAGCCAUCCCAGUCCAAAUCGCCUAGCAACUCUAUGUACGAGCAUGAGACGUAUUCGCCGUACGACAAGAAUUACGACUACGGUAAAGUCCUCAUGAACGAGGUCGAGGAGGAUGGACCGCGCGUGUGGGAUGUACCGCCGUAUUCUCGAUACUACACGGGCGAGGAUCGGCGCAAGAGAUCGGAAAAGUCCACCGCGACGGCACAGCCGAGCAUCUCGACGUUGCAACCUCCGACCAACUCGUACGAGUUCAAAUCGAGACGUCUUGUACCUACCCAGCAACUGGUGCAGGCUCAAGUUAAGAGGAGCAUCCCGUUCUACCAAGAACCGCGAUUCAAACGGGAACUACCCUUGGACAUUGAUCCUGACGACGUAUUGACCCUUUUGUCACUGUGGGAAAAUGAACGACGUAACGGAAACUGGCGCAACUAUGCUAAAGAGGAAUACGAUAAUAUGAUAGAAGACAAUGAUUUCCUUGACGAGGAAGGCGCUAGAAACGAUUUCCUUUUAGCUCUUCCAUUAUUAGACGCGCCAAUGUAUCCCUCUCGGCACUACGACACGUUGUCACCCUCCGACAUCGGAAUAGUCCGAACCCACCCGCCCGGCUAUUAUGACCAAUUGGAUCAACAGUAUGAAGGCACCAGUCAAUACGGCAGUCCUCAAUAUGGCAAUUCGCAGUACGAUUACGUUUAUCCUCAGCGUGCCUACUACCCUCACGAGAAGAGGUUCAUGGUAUCUAAAAAGCGAAUGCAGAGCUACGAUCCGUAUUCCACGGCCCAGUUGCAAUUAAGCUCCCAACCGCGAAGUUAUCAAUAUCCCCAUCGCGUUGUCUAUUAAAUAAUCCGUGAUGUGGAGUUGUCUAGAGAUGCGGGAGGAAGCGAGAAAUUUCUCAGACAAAAAUUCUAUUGAAAAAAGAAAAAGCAGUUGAUGUUUCUGGGAAGAGGAGGGGGUGCUAGCACUCUUUCGAUGAACGGUCCUCGCUGUCUCUCCUCUUCGACUAUUCUCCCAUUUUUUCGCAGGAGGAAAAAGAAGCAGAUGCAAUGGCGGAUUUUCUCGUUCUAAGAAACACGGUGCUCAGAGAAACAGAGAGAAAGAGAGAGAGAGAGAGAGGCUUCUCGAGUCGCAAGAGUCGCGCUGAAGAAUCGAGAGACGUCGAUUCGUAAGGAACAAAUCUUUCCUUUUUGGACUCUUUCUUAUUGAACUAUCUCGAAAUAGAUGCAAGAUGUGACAAAUUCGUAUCUAAGAUAUUUUUUAUCUCAUGAUGGAAAUUUUGCGGCGACAAAGUUUGAUUAGCACAAAUUUUAAGAGACGGUAUGCAAAACAUAUCAGAAUCAUUCGAUUCAAUCCGUAAUAUCUUGUGCUAUAUAAACGUGAGUUCGAAGAUUCGAUUAAUUUCAUUGAACUCUUAUAAUUAGUUUGAUCGCAACGAGGAUUAAAAAAAUCAAAGAAGCUUCAGCGCGCUCUUGUCGUUCCUAACUCGCUUAAUGGUAAUGUUACAAUUUUAAGCUCCUUUUGCGUGUAAUACGAGCGAUGCGCCCGUAAUGACGCUACGACUGAAUCAUUAAACAAUCGUAGUAUCAAAUCAAAUUACCCUCAGGCUUGGUUUCGACGACUCUUUGUGACUGAUAAAAAAAAAAAAAUAUA